GUCAAUUUCGCGUUUGAAGUAAACUCUCCAUUUCCCUCUCUCGAGCUUUUCUUCCUCUCUGCGAAAAAAUGUCAGAAGCCACAAUAACGAUCCUGGACGGCACGCAGCUAAGAUCCAUCGACCUCUCUCUGUCCUUCUCCGAUCGUAGUGUCACCGGAGCUCAGGUCCUUGACCUUGCCGAUUCCUCCGUCUCCUCGUCUCUGUUCGGGAUCGCCUUGUCGGAGACUCUCAGAUCAUCUGCUCUUAAUCGCAUUGGCUUCCACGACAUUGUUGCUUUCCGACGAUCGGAGCUCACUCGUGAACGAGCCUCUGAGAUUCUGAAGGACUAUGUAGCUGCGAUCGCCGAUGGUUUACGAGAUGAUCCUGUUGUAGUGUCAAUUUUGGAUGGGAACAAUCUGCGUGUUUUCUUAGAUGAUGAAGAUGAUUUUGCAAUGCUAGCCGAGACCCUUUUCACUGAUUUAGAUACAGAAGAUAAAGGAAAGAUCAAGAAGAGUGAGGUUAAAAAUGCUCUUAUCCACAUGGGGGUUGAAACGGGUGUACCACCUCUCUCAGAAUAUCCUUUGCUGAGCGACAUCUUGCAAAAACACGAAGUGGAGAGCAGCAAUGAAUUGGGCCAAGCUCAAUUUGCAGAAGUGCUUCAGCCUGUCCUUCAAGAGUUAGCAGAUACUCUUGCAAAAAAGCCUUAUGUUUUCAUUCGAAGUAUCAAGGUCGCUAAUGGAGCUCAGAUAAAAAAGCUUUUGGCUGACGAGAAGCAAUUCAGCAAUGUCAUAGAAAAGCUCUGGCAGUGGCAGGGAACCCAUAAAGAAGAGGAUGAGGUAACAACUUUGCAAAAAAUCAGGAAUUACUUCGAAAAAGAAUGGAGGGAACUGGGCUUACCACCUACAGAAGCCAAUGAUGCCAUGGUUCUUCUCUAUGAUGCAAUAUUUGCUGAUAUAGCGAAGGAGAAGUGUGGUUCGAUAUCUGAAAAAAAUCAAGUUGAAAAACUUGCGAAGGAGAUUUUGGAGAUAUUUGUGGAGCAGCUUGAAGCCAGUCCUGUGUAUUAUGAUUGUGACCCCAAAUGAGCAAGGUGACCAUGUUACAUCUGAAGCUCGCGUCAUCACUUACGGAAUCGGUCGUUUCUUCGAUCAUCAUUCUCUUAUGAUCAGGUACGAGCAUUUAAGAGUAAAGUAAUUAUGAUAUCAAACUCCUUUGGGCUAGCAUGUUAUCCUGAAACAUAGUCAUGUUCAUUAUAUACCAUACUGAAUUUGGAGCCCCUUGAAGUGGCCAAUAGUUUUAUACCAUGACAUACAGAAUCAGAAUAAAAUGUAUCAUUCAGAUGGGAUUUAGUUAUACAUUUUUGUGAGGAACAAUUUAUAAUCCUACCAGAAAAAUUCAUGUACUCCUAGGUGAAGCUUUUGUCUGGUGAGAUUAAAAGUAAAAUGCAUGCUUCAUUUGCAUC